CCCCGGGAAGACGGCUUCCGGAAGAAAGCCCGCAAAGUUUCCAGCAGACUUAAGAUGAAGCUGAAAAGCCUGUUCCGUCGUGGAAAGAGCGAAGAAGAGGUUGACACUGUGGCUGAGGAGCCUCGAAACAACGAGCGACCCCCCGCUCCGGGCAACGAAUUCGGCACGGAUGAGGAGCCCGAAGAGGACUAUCCGCGCAUGGAGGCAUCAAGGCGAGAAGUGUACACCAUCGGCCAAGUGCCAGCUCGGGUGCCUUCUAUUCAUAGCGCCGACUGCAUCCGGGCUGUUCAAUCACGUCAGGGGAGCAUCGUGAGCAUCGGCAGCGAGAGCCUACAGCCCUCCGAAGAGAAAUCCCGCGUGUCGAGCUGGGCUAGCUCAGGGGUGUCGGUCGGCAUCCGAGGACAAACCCGUCUCAGUUCAUGCCGACGAACCGAGGGGUAGCGCCGUUAGAAACCCAAUCACAUAUAGUCCGGCAACCAUCACUAGUCCUCUUGCCUUCUCAGAUAGAGCUUCUAAUGAUGCAGUUUCUCGACCUGGGCCAGAUCAAGCUGCUUUUGCGGACCGAAUCGCAUCAGAGGGGAGCUCGGUGGAAUAGAAGGCCCACCUUGCCUCUCGGGUGUCGAAGAAGGGAGACUCUAAAACGACAGAGAUUCAAUAUGACAUGUCUAGUUUGUUCAACCCCCUGGGCCACGUGCGGGAGCAUGCCCAAAUUGAGGAGGACGACACCACGUUCCCGGAAACAUCAUUCAACUCAUCCAUGGCGCCACGACAGCAGAUGAGAGCUCCUGCCUCUCCGGAAUCACGAUGGCCGUCCGUCAAGACCAGGGAAUCACCACGGAUCAUAGGUAAACGCGUGCGAGGGAUGAGCGUACCGGCUAGAAAC